AUGGCUGCAAGUGAGAUAAUGAGCAAUGCGCCCAUGUAUUCCCUCGAUUCUUCUUUAAGGGACCUACUUAACGAUGACUUAUUCAAUAAUCAUGGCAAAUCGACAAAGUCAGAAAAUGAUGAAAGAAAUGAAGUAUUCCAGGAGUGUUUGAAUUUAUUUAUAAAAGGAGAAAUUAAGGACUGUCUGGAAAGGAUGUAUGAGGCUGGGUUUAUUCACCUUGGUAUUUUUAAGUCUAAUCCUAUGAUAUUGGAUUUGUUUGUUAGUGCCUGUGACCUCGUAUCAAAUUUCAAUGAACUAGGCUUAACUUUAAAGGGAGAGGUUUUGAAUACAUUUACUUUGGAUCAUCCGCGAUGUAUUGAAAUACAGGAAAUCAUUCUCAAAGACCUCAAUAAACUUUUGAUCAUCAAUAAAUUAUUUCGGUGCUGUAUCAAGGCUAUUCAGUCCGGUGGGACAGAAUAUAUGGAACGUGAAAGAACCAUUUUGGACGUUGAGUCUGAAAUUAGAAACUUUAUUCUCGCGUAUACAACUAAGAUGAGGACUACUGUGGAUGUUUUCGGAUUGCAGGAGUUGAUUGAAAUAUUCAUUUUUCAAGUGCAGGUAAAGCUAGAGCAUAAGAAACUCUCCCCGAAUUUGUACUGGGCCCUUUGUAAGACAUUACCAAACCUAUCUGCAACCUUAAAGGGUCUUCAUUUAUUAAAGAACGAGUCCAUAGAGGACGCUAUUCUCAACUCGAUUGAUACCAAAAUACAAAAAAAUUUGACAAAAUCUAAAACAAAAUCAAAAGGCAUGAAGCAGAAAAUACACCAUUUCCAAGAGCCCUUGCUACACGAUGAUGCCAAGGUUCGCUUAAAGGCUGACAAUGCAUACAGAAAGCGCAACUCUAUUGAUAUUGGUAAAGUUGAUCACAAUGAAACAAUUCCUCGUAAGCCCCAACAUGACAUCACCAUUCUAGUUGGCUCCUUUUGGACCGCUUUAAAAAAUCACUUUACAAAAAGAAUGCUGAAUAAAAACGGGCUUUUGCUUGGAGGCUUGUUGUUUUUGCUAUGCGUCAAAAGAUAUAAAUCGUUAAUGGCAAUCUUUAGACACGUUCCGAUGGCUUUCCGCUCUGUAUUCCCUCAUAUUGUUCAGCUGCUAAAGCUUCUAGCGAGUAUAUGA